AGGUUGUGAACGGAGGGACGUUUGAAAUCUAACAGGCAGCGUUUAGGAAAAGACUUAGCCGCUUGUAGUUAAAGUCAGAACUCCUACCUUUCUGUAACUUGAAUUUACACAUUUUUUAAGGUUUAUAGACCCGUUUACAACACCAACAGGACUUGUGUGGCUAGAGCGUGGUGGAAAUAGAAGCCUCAUCGUAACGUUGCCGUGGAUAUUCCUUACGUAUGUAGCUGGCCACAAAUAUCAGCGUCAAUUGGCCGACGUAGCUGCUAGCUAGCUGGGGUAACGUUGGCUGCUUGAGAGCAGCUCUCGACCUGUUCAAACUGUGAUAAAUUAUCCAGCAGUGGUUGUUUUCGGUCAUUGUGCAAUAACAUAUUUAGGGUAUGGCCUCUUCUGUCAAGGUACCAAAGGGGACGAAACUUCAAGCCUUCAGGCCUGAAGUGAAGUCAAAUGGCGAUGGGCCGAAACGGGUUCCUGUGUCACAACAGUCACAGACGGUUCAGAGGUCUGUGGUCACACCAACUCAGCAUCAGCGGGUCCUAGGCAUGUCAAAUGGACCUCAACGCAUUCAGCGGCCUGUGAGCCAUCAGAAACCAGUAUCUCAUGUCCCUUUUGCUGUCAAGUCCACGCAUACUGCUGAUCAGAACGUGAACCCUGCUACUCAGAAUCCGGCACCACAGCCCAAAUCUGUUUCCCAGCAACACCAGCCAAAAACGCAUGUGCCCAAGGUGAAACCAGAGUCGACCACAUCAACAUCAGAAUCAGCAAAGCUGGAGAAGCCACAAAACAAACCAGCGAAGAAUGAUAAUGCACGUGUAUCUUCAUCAAAACAGAAAUGGAGUCUGGAAAAUUUUGACAUUGGGCGUCCCUUAGGAAAGGGGAAGUUUGGUAAUGUCUACCUGGCCAGAGAGCGACAAUCUAAGUUCAUCUUGGCCCUGAAGGUGCUUUUCAAGAAGCAGCUGGAGAAGGCUGGGGUGGAGCACCAGCUGAGGAGAGAAGUGGAGAUCCAGUCUCACCUCAGGCAUCCUAAUAUCCUGCGCCUCUAUGGGUACUUCCAUGAUGCAUCUCGUGUGUAUCUCAUCCUUGAGUUUGCACCCAAAGGAGAGCUGUACAGCGAGCUGCAACGCAAUGGACAUUUUCCAGAGAGCCAAAGUGCCACAUACAUCAUGGAGCUGGCAGAUGCCCUCAUUUAUUGCCACACCAAGAACGUGAUCCACAGAGACAUCAAGCCCGAGAACCUGUUACUGGGGGCUAAUGGUGAGCUAAAGAUUGCGGAUUUUGGCUGGUCAGUUCACACCCCUUCCUCCAGGAGAUCCACUCUGUGUGGAACUCUUGACUACUUGCCUCCAGAGAUGAUUGAGGGGAAAACUCACGAUGAAAAAGUGGACCUGUGGAGUCUUGGUGUCCUUUGCUUUGAGUUUCUGGUUGGAAAACCCCCCUUUGAAGCAAAAACUCACGAGGAGACCUACCGCAGGAUUUCAAGGGUGGAGUACAGUUACCCUGCACAGUCCAAUAUCAGUGCUGGAGCUAAAGACUUGGUUGCCAGGCUGCUGAAGCACAAUCCCAUGCACAGACUGCCCAUCCAGGGGGUCAUUUCCCACCCCUGGGUGGUCGAAAACUCCACCAAGAAGCCCACAACCUUGAGCAACGAAGAGCUCAGCCAGGGACUGCUCUCCACUUAGCAUCUGAGGGCUGUACAUGAGAGGGUGGAGUAUUGCCGAGUGCAGGCUGUACAAAGGUAUGCAACAUGAACACCGGUGUGCAGCUGAGUCUGCCUCUACUAAUCUGACUACAAAAUCACUUCACGUGGAUGUUUUCUGUCUGCAGACAUCUUGAGCCACUUGGUUAUAUUUGUUUUCUUUUACCUUCUUCUCUUUUGAGUUCCUCUCUUACAAAUGGCAUAGUCCAGCCUGUAAAUAUUUCACCGUUUUUGCAUAAUUAUGAAUAUUUUAUUGAGCUUUUCUAAAAUGCUAUUACUUGAAAUAAAAAUGAUCGUUCAUCGAAUACGUCACUUUGAAAAUAA